GCUGAGCGUCAUGACUGCUGUUUUUGUCCUCAUAUUACUGUGUACGUCAGGCGGUGUGGGGGGAGCUUUCCACUGACGAGCACAACUCAACAACAGCUGAUCUCACUGUACUCUACGUGCAUCGACGACUAGAAAGAGUCUUAAGUUUUCAAGCGUCCUAUGGUGGUCUCUUCCACUCAUGAAAUACAGAUACACAAUUGCUGGAUCACAAUGACUACAUCGCAGCGUGGGGGUUUAAAGAGAAAAUAUGGUUUUCCAGAUGAAGAUGCGGUUUACUCUUCCUCGUCCCCGUCUUCACACUCUGAAUGGGACUCUGAUGAAGACAGUCCACAAAGUGACAGCAUGGACCCCGGACCUAUUGGCUCUUUCUCUUCGAACCAUCACAUGCCAAUUUCAUCCAUCCUGAAGAAGACGAAAGGCAGUCAAUCCAAAGGCAGUGUUCGGUUUGGUUCGGUUACAGUGUUCCUUUUUCAGCGCUGUCAAGGUUACAGCAGUGUGCCCAGUCAUGGUGGCUGCACACUGGGCAUGGUUAGAUGGCACACUGCUCGUCAGCAGUUCACCCUGCCAGAGCACGCAGAGGAACAACAGCGCUUGAGACUAGUGAGAGUGCGUGAGAGACACCAAGAGGAGAAGCUGGAGGCUUUGAGACAGAAGUUGAUCAGCAGUGGAACUCUCACAGUGACCGAAGCAGCCAGACUGACAGUGAAUGAUGUCCCGGAUGAGGAUGGCGAUCUCAGUAGUGCACAACUGAAGGACAUGGGUUCCCUUCGCCCCUACUCCUCCAAACGAAGACGUGCGAUGUUGAGAGCCGCAGGGGUGUUGCGCAUCGACCGGGAGGAGAAGAGGCAGUUGCAGGAUUUGCGGCGCUCGAGGGAAGACUGCGGAUGCCACUGCAAGGGCUUCUGUGAGCCCGAGACCUGCUCCUGCAGUCAGGCUGGCAUCAAGUGCCAAAUGGAUCGUUCCAACUUUCCCUGUGGAUGCUCAAAGGAAUGCUGUGGGAAUCCCGCAGGCCGCAUUGAGUUCAACUCUAGCCGUGUACGGAGCCACUACAUCCACACACACAUGAAACUGGAGCUGGAGAAAAGGCUCGAUGACACCCAACAGCAAUCCACAGAGAGAAACAAAUCCAUCCCAAAUCCUGUAGAAAGCAGCUCUCCGCCCUUCAGACAAGCGGAAAACAGCUGGAGCAGCGACACCUCCUGCUCGUCCUCUCUCAGUCUGGACUCGGAAACAGAUGCGAGUCCUUCCUCAGAGGACAUGGAGGACACUAGACUCACUCACAUACUCAGCUUCUCCGAUUCAGAUGCGGACAGGUGUCCUUACAUUAAAGACUACGAUCUGUCCAAAGAAGCUGCUCGGUUCGCAUCCACAAUUGAUAAUGAACAAUUAAAAACCAAACCCCAACUAGAGUAUCUGGAUGAAAAUGCCAACCAGGUCACGGUAAAAUGUGUAAACGAUCCUUUUUUUGAUAUCCCUAAUACACCUUCUGCGUCUCCAGAUCACACUGUGAAUGGUUACAUGGACCUCAGUCUGUCUUCGGACUCUGACUUGAUGUUUUUUGACGCUUUUCAUGAGUUUAAUCAUUUUAAAACAUACGGUCAUAUGGACUACAUCUCACAUCUGCAGUUUCCUCGCUGUCCCAGUCCUGCUCAAACAGAGGAUUCAGGAAUCAGCCUUCUGGAGUCUCUUGUCGGAAGUUCCUAAGGUUUAUUUACAGACAAAUUUGUUUUUUUGUACAGUAUGGCUUUAUUCUCAUUUUGUUUGAGAAGAAAAGCGUGAAUAUUUCCUGAAUUGAAGGAUAUUCCUUGGAAAUGUAUUUUAGGAUGUUGAUGUGAGUUUGUGAUCAUACUGUUAAAACCACUCUGCAUGAUGUGUUAUGCGUUGUGUGUCAGUUUUAAUUUUGUUGCCAAAUGUUUUUACAUGUGUACAAUGAUUUCAGGUAAUUAUUAUUUUUUAUUUAUUCUUUAUAAACUAAAGGCUUAAUUAUCUUCUAAUCAUCUAUUUUUUAAAAUAAGAUUUCUAAUUAAUCCCAUUGCAGUAAUUACAGUUUUACUGGUAAAUGUUUACUAAAAAAACAAUUCAUAUUUAUUUCUAACAAAUGUUUUAACAGAUUGUGUAUGUAAUGUGAACAUCUUUUUUUAUAUAUAAUGCAGUUAACUCUCUUAGUGUUUCACUAGCUGUUAUAAAAUCAAUAGAAAUUAUCAUAGAAUUUGUAAUGGAUUUAUUGGUUAUAUGGGGGGCUCAGUGGUUAGCACUGUCACUUCACGGCGGGAAGGUCACUGGUGUGAGUCUUGGCUGGGCCAGUUAGAAUUUCUGUGUGUAGUUUACAUGUUCUCCCUAUGUUUGCGUGGGUUUCCUUUAGAUGCUCCGGUUUCCCCCACAGUCCAAAGACAUGCACUAUACUAUAGGUGAAUUGAAUAAACUAAAUUUGCUGUAGUGUAUGUAUGUGUGUGAAUGAAAGUGUAGAGGUGUUUCCCGAUAUUGGGUUGUGGCUGGAAGGGCAUCCGCUGCGUAAAACAUAUGCUGGAAUAGUUAGUGGUUCAGUCCACUGUUGCGACCUCCUGAAAUAAAAACUAAGCUGACGAAAAACAAAUGAAUGAAUUAUUGGUUAUAAUUUAAAUUGUCUUGGGUUUAAUGGAAACUGUAAUGGUGCCUACUUGUCUCUACUUGUAUUUUUUGUAAAUCCUAAUGCAAUGUAAAUGUAAAUCCUAAAGUUUGUCCCAAAACACUUUGGAAAGCAGUAAAAAUGUACUGCUGUUGAUGGUUUCAUUUUGAUGGAUUGUAAUAGUUUUUGAUGGUAUUUGUAGUGGAAACCAUUAAAACUUCUGUGAUAUUUCUAUUGUUUUUUUUCAGCAGGUAUGUAAGUUCUGUUUUCAUUUUUUUUACAUGACUUUUAUUUUCAAGGGCCAGUAAGCCUUAGUGAUUUUCAUUCAAAUGAGUGACAUGUAAAACAGAAAUUCAGGCUUUUUGCUUUAAGAAACUUUCAUUUUAUUUAUUAGUGGUAUUUACAACAUUUCAGUAAAUGUUUUUCUACUUUUAAGAAUGUUUUUCUUUUUUAUAUCUGUAGAAAAACUCAUCCUAAUAAAAUAUAUUUUACAAAA